AGCGGACCGACCGACCGACCGACCGACCGACGGACCACGGCGGCUCCCGCCCGGCGCCGACGGCCACGGCGGCACUUCGCGGGCUUCCUCCCCAAGAUCCCGGAUCUCUGGAAACAUGGCUACUGAACAUGUUAACGGGAACGGUACCGAAGAGCCCAUGGACACUUCCGCAGCUGCCCAUUCUGAACAUUUCCAGACAUUGCUCGAUGCUGGUUUACCACAGAAAGUUGCCGAAAAACUAGACGAAAUUUACGUUGCAGGGUUAGUCGCACACAGUGAUCUAGAUGAAAGAGCUAUCGAAGCUUUAAAGGAAUUUAAUGAAGAAGGUGCAUUGGCAGUGCUUCAGCAGUUUAAAGACAGUGAUCUCUCACAUGUUCAGAAUAAAAGUGCCUUUCUAUGUGGAGUCAUGAAGACAUAUAGACAGAGAGAAAAACAGGGGACCAAAGUGGCAGAUUCUAGUAAAGGACCAGAUGAGGCAAAAAUUAAGGCUCUCUUGGAAAGAACGGGCUAUACACUUGAUGUGACCACUGGGCAGAGGAAAUACGGCGGUCCCCCUCCAGAUUCUGUUUAUUCAGGACAGCAACCUUCUGUUGGCACAGAGAUAUUUGUGGGAAAGAUUCCACGGGAUCUGUUUGAAGAUGAACUUGUUCCAUUAUUUGAGAAAGCUGGAUCUAUUUGGGAUCUGCGUUUAAUGAUGGAUCCAUUAACUGGUCUAAAUAGAGGCUAUGCUUUUGUUACUUUCUGUACUAAGGAGGCAGCUCAGGAGGCUGUUAAGCUGUAUAAUAAUCAUGAAAUUCGUUCUGGAAAACACAUUGGUGUCUGCAUCUCUGUUGCCAAUAAUAGGCUUUUUGUUGGGUCUAUUCCUAAGAGUAAAACUAAGGAGCAGAUUGUUGAGGAGUUUAGCAAAGUAACAGAGGGACUUACAGAUGUCAUUUUGUAUCAUCAACCGGAUGACAAAAAAAAGAACAGAGGCUUUUGCUUCCUUGAGUACGAAGAUCACAAAACUGCUGCUCAGGCAAGGCGUAGGUUAAUGAGUGGCAAAGUGAAAGUCUGGGGAAAUGUUGUUACAGUUGAGUGGGCUGAUCCUAUAGAAGAUCCAGAUCCUGAAGUCAUGGCAAAGGUGAAAGUGCUCUUUGUACGCAACCUUGCCAACACUGUAACAGAGGAGAUUUUAGAAAAAGCUUUUAGUCAAUUUGGGAAACUGGAACGAGUGAAGAAGUUAAAAGAUUAUGCAUUCAUUCAUUUUGAUGAACGGGAUGGUGCUGUAAAGGCAAUGGAAGAAAUGAAUGGCAAAGACUUAGAGGGAGAAAAUAUUGAAAUUGUUUUUGCUAAGCCACCAGAUCAAAAAAGGAAAGAACGUAAAGCUCAAAGGCAAGCAGCUAAAAAUCAAAUGUACGAUGAUUACUAUUAUUAUGGUCCACCUCAUAUGCCCCCUCCGACAAGAGGUCGAGGCCGCGGAGGUAGAGGUGGUUAUGGAUAUCCUCCAGAUUAUUAUGGCUAUGAAGAUUAUUAUGAUUAUUAUGGCUAUGAUUACCAUAACUAUCGUGGUGGCUAUGAAGAUCCUUACUAUGGUUAUGAAGAUUUUCAAGUUGGAGCUAGAGGAAGGGGUGGUAGAGGAGCGAGGGGUGCCGCUCCUUCCAGAGGUCGCGGGGCCGCUCCUCCCCGCGGCAGAGCCGGUUACUCACAGAGAGGUGGUCCCGGAUCAGCAAGAGGCGUUCGUGGUGCGAGAGGAGGCGCCCAGCAACAAAGAGGCCGCGGGCAGGGAAAAGGGGUCGAGGCCGGUCCUGACCUGUUACAAUGAAGACUGACUUGCUAUGUGGGAUUACACCAGAAGCUUGCAGUGGAGUAAUGGUAAGGAAAUCAAGCAACCUUAAGUAUCUCGGCUGUAUAGGAGCAUAUUCUAUUGCAGAAGACCUUCCUCUGAAGAUCACGGAAUCAAAUACGGGACAUUGAACUAAUACUUGGACUUUGAUAUGAAUUUCUUUAACAGUUUUCUCUGCAGUGCAAGUUAUUAAACUAAAGCUACUCUAUUUUCCCAAUGUGUUCAACAAAAUCCUUCAUAACUUCUAGCAUGGUAUCUUAAUAAAGAAUAAAGUUCUCUUUAAAAAUCUGCUCUAAGUAGAUUUUUCCCCCCCAUGUUUUUUUUUAAUUAAGGAUUCCAACAGUGGUAUUUUGAAAUUUUCUCUUGAAUUCGUGCAUUGAAAUUUUUUUUUGCAGUGGUAUGGACAAAUGCCACCAUUGGUAUCCUUAAAAUUUUGUUUCUGCUCACGAAGGUUAAUCAUGAUUGUCUCUAUCUUUUUUUUUUAAUAGUAAUCACUUUGAAUUAUGUUCAGAUACAGCAGUUUCAGGUGUAAUCAUCAGAGCUGGUUAGUCAGGCAUUCCAGAUAGUGGUUCUUUUCAGAACCUUUUUUAAAGGGUUGGUUAACUACCUCAGUAGCAGAGGAUUGAACUAUACCCUGUCUGUACUGUACAUAGAAAAUCUUUGUAGAUAAAAGCAAGGCUUGUUUAAUAUGAUAUGAGGGUACGGUUAUAAUAUACCAAAUGUAACAUUCUUAGUUGCCUUUAGUUUCAGAGGCUUGUAAGACUUCCUCAUGACCAUCAUAACAGGCCUUGCUUUUGUCGUAUUUUGUGGCUGAAAAAGCAGCCUUGCUUCUUCAGAUAUUGUAGUUAUUUGGAUGUAUAAUAGUUUAGCAAGAUGUUACUUUUGUAAGACAUCAGAUGUUCAAAAAAAGUGCAUCCGCAACUUGUACUAAAUACUGCAGUGUCCCUUUAUAAAGAGUCAGACUAAAACUGACGGUUGUACAGUGAAGCCUGACAUUUGGAUAUUUUGAAGUUUUUCAUAAAUCAUAGAAAAUAGUAUAUGGCUGUAGUUUAGCUUUUUAGGUAAAAGGUAUGUUUUCAUUAGUGCAUUUCUUACUGCUGUUCACUGUAAAAACAUGUGAAUCAGCCUUCCAUUUCUUAUGCAGAUCAUGAUAACCUGUAGAGUAGAGUAGAGUACAAUCAUUUGUGCUGUUUUUAAUUUUCUAAAGCACCUUGAUGACAGUGAGUGUUCAGUGGUGAAGCAUCCUCUAUUGAAUCACCCUCAAAAAAAAAAAAAACCCACCCUUGUCCAAGUCCUGUCUUUAUAGCUAAAGAUAAAUGUAAAAUUAUGAUUUAAUUAGGACUUGGCAUAAAGAGCUUCCCUUUUCCUCUUCCCCAAAGGGAUACUGCAGUUAUAUUACAUACCCUGUAGGCACCACAAUGAAAAUCAGAGCAUAUUAUACCUAAUUAAGGUUUUAUACACACCAGUUCCCCAGUAAAUGCAAAUUUUAACAAGAUAAAUUAGACAUGUCAUAUGUUCAAAAUGCUCAUGGCAAACAAUCAUUUUGCAUUCCUGCAAAUAAAAUUGUUUUAUACUGUAAGCUGGAGGCGAGUGUAACUUAUUUUUGUAAUAAAGUUUUUAUUUUUUUUAUGUGUCAUUAAUAUAAAUGUGUGUUAGUGCAGAAAUCUCCUGGUUUAAAAACUUAGAGUUGCACACAUUUCAGUAUGUUUACUUGUACUUACAUAAUUUUUAGAAUAGUGGUUGCCAAUAGCCUGUAUGUUUCACAUAAAUUGAUUUUUUUUUAUGUUACUUUAAUAAACCAUUUUAGUAUGUUGUAUGUCAAUUACUGGGAUAGCUGGGACAUAAAGUGUAAUUUAAAAUUGUCAAUAAGUAUUCAUUGGAAUAUAUGUAAAUGUGCCUUGCCGGUUAUUGAAUCUAACCUGAGAAACAAAAUGUGGGUGGCAAAAUUAGUACUUGGUGCUUAAUGGAAACACUUGCUGCCACCGAGUUUUAUAUAUUGUCCCGUGCUUUUUUAAAAGUACAUCGCUCUCCUCUCAAAUCUUAGCGUUUGAGGGCUACGUCAGUUUUUACAUCGCAUUUUCAACAUGGUGGUAGGAUAUUGGGUUGUGAAGCAUGGGGUGAACUAAAUGUAGCCUUCAGGAAAAUUGGAAUCUCAAUGUAAUCUUUGGUGCUGGCAAUCCCCCAGUGCCAAGGAGUUAAACGAUCCCAUCCAAGAGGUUAUUGCCAUACCUAUUGGCGCUUUUACUGUCAUCUGAUUUAAAGGGACACUGUCAAGGUGUAAGGGUAAAUCUGAUCUGCAAAGUGAUUUGGUGUUAGAUUGGGGUUAAGAGGUCUCUGGACUAAAAGAUAUCUAUCCGUUGCCAAGAAAUUUAAAGAUACACUUUUGUGGGCUCACAAACGUGUUCUGGCCUUGGAGCGAAAGUGAAAACACUUUCCCCAGCUGCAGGCAAAAGGUUGCUGGGUCGCUAAAAUAAUCUGGGGUGGCGGUGGGGUGAAUUGAUCCGUGGGGAGCCGAGAGCGCAUUGGUACAAUUGAAACAAAACGUUGGAAUAAGGGUUUUGUAAGCAAUGUUUUUUAAAUAUAGCCACAAAAUUACUUGACAGUGUUCAUUUGAAUAACUUUGAAUUCAAGCCAUUAUAACUUUUAAAAAUUAAAUCUGAUUUGCACUGUU